CCAACAACGAACAACCAACAACCAGGCAAUCGAUCUCUCAUAUCCACCAAAACCAUCAUCCCAUCAGGUCCUCAUCCAAAAAACUCAUCAAGCAUGACAAGCGCUGCCUAUUGUCUCUGCAUUCACAGUCCCUUUUCCUUACUUAUAUGUUCAUGUGCCCACCCUCUUUUCCCCUCUUGCUUGUCGUGAAUUUCCAGGCACAUCACCACAUGCCAACAACAAACAUCCAUUCAACUCUUUCAGCACAUCGCGGUCUUUCUGACCUGAUCUCACUUGGUGAAUAACCAUGAAACCCACCGACCAGAAUUCUGGCUUCGACGACCAUGUCUGGGGUCAACUUCAGAACAUGGCUCACCAACCACCGCAAAGAGGCCGAGGAGGACGUGGCAACUGGGGCAGGCGAGGUCAAGGCAGGAACCACCGUGGCUAUCACUCCUCCCAGAUGAAUCAGUCUUCCUUCAUAAACCAUCAGACAUCAUCUCAACUUCCGCCCGCCGUCGAGGAUUUCCCGCCUUUGGGAUCCAAUUCAGCAGCUCCCCUCCGAUCCGACAUUCCUUUUUCUGAAACUCAACCACCGCAAUUACAGACGCAUCCCUCGACUAAUGCGCGCCGUGGUACAGCAAGAGAAUAUCAGGAUCUUGCUAGAGGUAAUUCCCGGGGUCGUGGAGGCCGUUACGGCUAUCAUACAAACAUGCCACCAACAGUGCCAUCUACCAUGAUCCAGUACUCUGGUUAUGGACAGCCCCAUCCACGUCAACCCAAUCUAUAUCAUCCACAUUCUGAUCUCUUCUAUGGAACAGCGGAACAGCAACGUCAUAUGCGCCAUGUCUUGAUGAAGCAAUCGGACUACCUAAGGAUCGUUGCCCAUAAUGCCCACAAGCAACAUCGACUUACUCCAGAGGAAUACGGGGUCAAAGAAAAAUUCCGGUGUGAUCUCGAAAUGGUAGCGAAAGAUUCUUUGGGUGCGAAGUAUCCUGAACUUGAUGCGGGCCAGAUCAGAUUGAAAUGCUAUGGCAGUCUUGCGAACGGAUUUGCUUUGGCCAACUGCGACAUGGAUCUACUUCUGGCCUUACCAAGUCGGGAAGACAAUGGAAAAGAUGUGGCUACUCUAAAGGCUCCUGCUGAUGUCGAUGCAUGUGAGGACUCCGAGGAUGAAGAAUGUCUUUUCAAUGUCGAGGUUCGCCGUGUGUUGGAAAAGGCCUUUCUUGACAGAGCCUAUGGAGCAAGGUUACUCACUAAUACUCGCGUGCCAAUCCUGCGAGUAUGUGAACGUCCAUCUCCUGAGCUGCUUCACAACCUUCGUGAAUACCGCGCAACAUGGGAAAAGUCAUCAUUCCAACCCGAGCCCGAAUCGAGCCUUGCCGAAGCGAAUGAAGCAGGAGAAGCUUCACAAGAUCAAAUUCCUCAGAAAGACGUUCCCGCAGAGAAGAUGAACCAGACUGUUUUACCUGACACUGUCAAGACCUCAGAAGUGGAAGAAUCAGCCCUUGCAGAUGUAAAUUCGAUCGGUGAAGCCCUGAGGGAUCUGAAGGUGGAAGAUGCAUCUUCGCAAAAGCCGGCAAAGCGCACAAAUCCAAACCUGGAGUUCGUCGGCGACUGUGGUAUACAAUGCGAUGUCAACUUUACCAACUUCGUCGCUGUGCACAACUCGCAUCUGCUUUGGACGUAUCAGAGCUUGGAUAGCCGCGUAGGAGAUGUUGGAACCUUCGUCAAGAUCUGGGCAAAGGCAAGAGACAUCAAUACUCCAUAUCGUGGUACGUUGUCUAGUUAUGGAUACAUAUUGAUGGUGCUUCAUUAUUUGAUGAACGUCGCCUCGCCUCCAGUCAUUCCGAAUCUGCAAUACCUGGCCAAGACCGAGGAUAGUUGGUACCCGGACAGAAAGAUUGAGCUCUUUGAUGGAUUCGACAUCAGAUUCCUCUCGAAGCCUGGAGACCUCAAACACUUGCAGGAGGCGAACACCAACAAGAACAAGGAGAGUUCGUCGCAGCUGCUUCGUGGAUUCUUCCGAUACUAUGCAACACGUGAGGGCUUUUUCUGGACUCGAGAUGUCAUCUCCAUCAGACAGCCAGGUGGAAUCUUACCCAAGGCUCAGAAGGGCUGGACGGAGGCCAAGUGGGUAGAGGGCAAGAACAAGAGUGUUCGCUUGCGCUACCUCCUCGCCAUCGAGGAUCCAUUCGAAAUUGAGCACAACGUCGCGCGAACUGUUGGACAUAAUGGCCUUGUCUCGAUCAGAGACGAAUUCCGACGGGCUUGGAAUCUCCUUGAGAGAGUUGGUGCCGGAGAACAGAUACCCUCCGAAACUUUUCUCGAACCUGUGACAGACCGCGUUUUCACCUUGAGGAAAGAUCAGGAGUUCCAUCGGCAGAAGCAACUGCGACAGAUGAAACAAGAUCUCGACGAAAAAGAAAAGACGUUGUUAGAGCAGAAGGACAAAGAUGAUCUCGCUUCUCACACUGAUGGUAUGUUAGGGAUCUCUGUUCCGGGGACAGCCCAGUCCCCUCCCUCUCCCGAGGGCCAACGUCGAUCGUCAAGCACGAAACUGACUUCGACUUUAUCAUCCCAGGCCCAACUCAAGCGACGGCAACCUUGGAGGCGCAGGUUCCCAACUCUGGAUAGUGACAGCGAAAGUGAUGCCGAUGAUUGGCCAUCAGCACGCAAAGUGAAACCCGCGGUUUCUGCUCGAUCGGAAUCAGAAAACUCUCAAAAAACAGAGGACAAGGAAAUGCCGACAAAGUCGGGGUACGUCCCUGUCCCAAUAGGCGAUGUCCUACUAGCCAAUGGACGAGAUGCUUGGGGAAACCUGGUAGCUUGGGAUAUUGACACUCAAGACGGACGGUGGCUUCACUGGAGAGACAACAAGAUAAAGGAUGGUACAUUCCGCGGAUUUUCAAGGCCUUCGCUGCAAGAGCUGGAUGUACAAUGUCCCUUCGACCCCAAACGACCCUCACCUUACUCUGAGAAACCAUACAACAACCAUAUUGACAAAUCAAUAGCUGAGAGACCACCCUGGCCCUUAAGUGACCCCUCGAUUUUCAUCCCUAUUACUACUGAUAAUGCCCGGAGAGCCUCCCUAGACCUUGAUCCAUGCCCUUCAGUGCCAUGUAAUGAACAAGAUGAUGACCCCAGUGUCCAGAUCGAUCCUAACCCAAAACAAGAUCAACCUGUUGGACAAUUCAUUCCCUGGGAUACGAGAACGAGUGGUGGUAGAUGGCUUCGAAGUCGCGAUGCCCGAAUUGUGAAAGGAACCUGGCGAUAUUUGAGAAAACCUAGCGGUCCUCAUGCCUACUUCUCCCUUGACGCUGCGUUUCCCUACAGCCCAAGUAUGACGUGGAAGGAACUCGAAGAGAGAAAUCAUUUGCUGCGUUCAUACUGUGCUCACCGGCCAUGGCCUCUUUCAAAACGAGCAGAGUUUGCAUUGAAGACUUUUGCAGAGCAAAUCAAAGUCACCUACUCCAGCCAGGAAACAGAACCUCUACCUUUGAUGCCGGUCCACAACCAGUCAAGCCAACUCAACACUCAGAUUCGUGAUACCUCUUCAUUGGAGACUGGCCAAUCUUCUCCAGAAAGUGUGCAUCUCAAGCCGGGAUCUUCGGAUAGUGCUCCUCAAGGCAAUGGUGCAACAGUGUCAACCCAUACUAGUCGAAGUCAAGAUGUGGACAAAUUCCCCUCUACAAAGAGACCAUGUGAUGACAAUGGAACCCCAGAUCAGCAUGCUCUUCGAGCUCGACGACUAGCCUUUUUCGAAAAGCAAUUUGCUCCCACGGAAACUGAUCCAGAUGAAUAUACGCUAGCAGAGAUGCAACGAGAGUCCAUGCAUGUUACGGGAAGUGGUCAAGGAUCUACGUCUCCUCAGCUCCGGAACGAUCUAGCGAUCGGCAUACCUCUCUACGAAAUUACUAUCCAAGAUAAAUCUGAUAUCGAGGAGGUGACGGAAGCUGGGCCUAGUUGUCGAAAUGAUGGUUACAGAGAAGACCACAAAAGCUCUGAACUUCGAGUCCCAAACACAUUGUUUCCCGACAUGGACCGAACCCAGCGUCCCAGAGACGAGGAUCUUAAUAUUAUGGCUAUUCCUGGUAAACCCCGCUUCAGAUUCGACCCGCGGCAACUGCAAGAUCUCGACAUCAUUGCGAAAGGCGGUAAUGGAUGCGCUCGACAAGGAGCAGAGUUCAACAUCGAAGAUGAAUACGAAUGGAGUGGUGAGGGUAUGUUGGGUCACGGAACAAGCACUGAAUUGCCAUACCUCAGCAGUGGCACACCCUACGAAGCAGGGAAAGGUGAUGAAGAGGGACUGCUUGGGGAAUUGCCGGGAGAGAUUGAUUGAGCAGACUCUGGAGAGAAUAGUGUUAUUGGUAGUGGUACUGCGAGUACUCUGGAAGGUGCAUCCUUCUGCAAGUAUUUUUAGCAGACGCAUUUCAUUGCGUAGGUCGUCGAGGAGAGACCAAAAAGACGGGUGGCGGCCUUGUAUCUUUUGACUACCUCGAGUAGUUUUCUGCUCGAUACCCCGUCUUGAAAGCGAAACUGGAUAGCUAUUAAUGCUCGAAU